GAGAAAAGACACGGUAUAUAGGGCCUUGGACACGGCGUUGUUGUUGUUUGCGUGUAGUUAUCGUUAUACGUCUUGGGGUUGAACUUACGUUGAAAUCGAAUUAGGUGCAGGUACGGUGUCAGUGAAGUCGCCAUUUUGCACCGCGCCGUAUGCUCAAAGUCAGGGAAAGCAGCGUCGACAGGGACCGAUGGUUUGACUGGUGCCCUUUGCUAUCCAUUUGAUCCCAAAAAGCAGUAAGCACGAGCUUCUUGUGAAACAAGUUAUCACUAAGAACUAAGAAGAGUAUUGCAGACCUUACUGGAUCUCAAACAGUCAAGAUGAAAGUGAAGUGUUUAGUUCGAAAUCCAGAUGAUUACAUGAGAGAGACCAAAAAGGACAUCUUCAAGAUGCCGCGGAACUACGACCCUGACCUGCAUCCGUUCGCCGCGCCACGCGAGUACACGCGCGCCAUGAACGCCGCCAAGCUGGGCCGCAUGCUCGCCAAGCCGUUCGUGGGCAGUCUGGACGGCCAUCGGGACAGUGUCACGUGUCUGAGCAAACAUCCGAGCCGGCUGUCGCAGCUGUACACGGGCGCCGCCGACGGAGAGGUGCGGAUCUGGGACCUGGCGCGCAUGCGCUGUCUGCGCACCGUGCAGGCGCACGAGGGCUACAUCCGAGCCAUGACGCAUACCAACGACGGCGCUGCGUUCCUCACAGUCGGGGACGAUAAAACCGUCAAGAGAUGGCGCUCGGGAGAGCUGGAGUACGGCGAGGAGGACGAGCCAGAGAAUACCAUCCUGCUGAGGACGAUUGUGACCAGUAUCAGUCACGCCGUCGGCCGGGCAGAGUUCGCCACCUGCGGAGAGACGUGUCACAUCUGGGACGAGUCGCGAAACGAGCCCGUCAAAACCUUCUCCUGGGGCGUGGACAGUCUCAGCUGCGUCCGGUACAACCCCGUCGAGACGCACGUGCUCGGCGCGUGCGCCAGUGACCGCAGUGUGAUCCUGUACGACACUCGGGAGCAGCAGCCGAUCCGACGAGUCACCACCCAGCUGCGCUCCAACGUGAUCGCCUGGAACCCCAUGGAGGCGUUCGUGUUCACCGCCGCCAACGAGGACUACAACCUGUACUCGUGGGACAUGCGCCGCCUACAGCGGCCGCUGCUGAUCCACAAGGACCACGUGUCGGCCGUCAUCGACGUCGAUUACUCGCCGACCGGCCGGGAGUUCGUCUCGGGAGGCUACGACAAGACGCUGCGCAUCUUCGGAGCGCGAGAGCCCCGCUCUCGGGACAUUUACCACACGCGGCGCAUGCAGCGGAUCACCUGUGUCUGCUGGACCGGUGACGACAAAUACGUGCUGAGCGGCAGCGACGAGAUGAACAUCCGACUGUGGAAGGCGCGGGCCAGCGAGAAGCUCGGCGUGGUCAAGGAGCGCGAGCGCGCCGCGCGCCAGUACAACGAGCGGCUGGUGGAGAAGUUCGCCAGCCACCCGCAGGUGUCACGUAUCGCGCGCCACCGCCAGGUGCCCCGCCAGGUGCUCACUGGCAAAAAGGAACAGCGCGCCAUCCACCAGAGCCAGAAACGGAAGGAGGCCAACCGGCGCGCCCACUCCAGGCCGGGCACGGUGCCGCGCGUGGCCGAAAAGGACAAGUUUGUGCUCAAGGAGGAGGAGUGAGAAGGGGUGGAGGGGGAGGGGGGAUUGCUGUCGGCGCCUGUCGACUCGGUACUGUCUGUGUUAUACUGCAAACAAACGACCGUGGAGUGUGGAAUAUAUUUGUAUUUUGAUC